AUGUCGUUCUUCAUGUAUGAUAAACGAAUGGAAUAUAAAGUAAUGUAUUUGAAAUUGAUUCAACCAUGUGCCAGCAGUGUUGCUGAAAAGGCCAACGUCUCUGCCCUUAUGACCCAUCUCUUCACGAAUUACCAUAAUGAAGUUAAACCAGUGUGUGACAUCAACAGACCGGUCGAAGUAAGAAUUGGAAUGGCUCUCAGACAAAUUAUAGAGUUGAAUGAACCAAAACAACUUCUCCAGAUAAAUGCUUGGAUGAGAUGGAACUGGGAUGACUGUAAUCUGGUAUGGAACGCUACAGAAUUUGAUUCUAUAGCUCAUCUCAUCGUCCCAGUCAAAAAACUAUGGAUUCCAGACAUCACUCUUUAUGAUAAUGCCGGUAGUAUUGUCGAGGGUGUAAAGGACUACAGACUAACCAUUUCAUCAUCGGGUUCAAUCGCCUACAACUUCCCAACAGUCAUCACUAGUCUCUGUCAGGUCGAUGUGACCUACUUUCCUUUUGAUACUCAAACAUGCGCACUGACGUUUGGAUCCUGGGCUUACCAUGGGUUACAGCUCAACGUCACGAACAGUACAGUAUCAGGAGAUCUGACGUCAUUCGUGAACAACGUAGAGUGGGAUGUGAAGGCCGUCAACAUUAUUCGUCACGUAAUAUACUAUGGAUGUUGCCCGGAACCCUACCCGGAUGUGACGUUUUAUCUCGUACUCGAUCGGAAGCCCCUAUUUUACCUGCUAAAUUUGAUGUUUCCGUGUAUGCUGAUAACAUCUGUGGCCUGUUUGGGUUUCCUACUUCCCCCGGACUCCGGAGAGAAAGUUUCCCUGGAGAUAACUGUCCUUCUCUCACUGGCUGUUUUCCUUUUGGUCGUGUCUGAAACAUUGCCUCCUUCAUCGGAGACAUUUCCAUAUAUAGGUGUCUACUUUCUAUGUGCCAUGCUGUUGGUAUCUGUUUCUUGUCUGAUGACAGUCGUUGUACUCAAUCUCCACUACAAGGGCAAUCACGGCAAAGAGGUUCCGAAGAUUAUCAGGAACAUUUUCUUCGGUGUCCUCGGGAAACUGGUCUUAGUCAAAACACCACAAAAAUCCACAGCGACAGUCGCGCCCUCCCCACCAACGCCAAAGAUAAUUGAAGUUCAAGCCUUUGAUUUUGAAAUGAAAAACAACAGCCUUGACAACGGAAAACAAAAUAACAAGACAAUUGAUGAAACAAAUAGAUAUGAAAACAGUAAGAAUGUCAAAUCGAGUGAAUCUGAUUCUCAUUUGAAUGCCACUGAACUGAUCAACAUCUUGAGAAAACAACUCGAGUCGCUGUCCAAGAUCGAAAGAUUCAUGCGCGAUCACAACAAAUGGGAGGAGAAUAUUGCGGAGUGGCAACUUCUAGGCCAAAUCGUGGACCGAAUCUUCCUUUUCAUCUUCAUAAUCAUCAGUUUCAUCACCACUGUAACAAUAUUCAUCCAAACCUCCACAAAUUGA